UAUAUCUGUCAUUCAUUCGAGUUUGUGGUGCAAAAUAUUUAUCAACGAAAAUAGUGCAGGAAUUUCAUUAAAAUUCCUUUAGUGAGUCCGCUCAGUAAACAAACUCCGUUUUCGCUGUGCCGUUUUAUUGCACUCCGUUCAUAGAAUCGGAAUAAUUUAUUGUCGAAUUGUAGUUUCGCGAGUGUUAUUUUCUGUAACGAACGUACAGGCCACGAAUGCAUUUUUUAUAUGAACUACUUCAGCAUGUCAUUGUUUUGCCGUUUGAAAUAGGAAACACGAAUGUUUUUCUUGUCAGCCAGUGAUAUUGUUCGCGUUCAAUUAACAGUACCAUGUUAACUCUGCUAACUGAAGCAAGAUUUUGGACGACACGUGAUGAUAUUGUCAUCAAGGAUACAGAUUUCGGAGCAUUUCGGUAUGUAGACAAAAAAGAAGCAACAAGCGCGAACACGCAAUCAUUUGGCAAACGAAAUUACGCCGAAAGACGUGACCUUCAAUGCAUAUUAGACAAUAAACAUCCGUCGAAACUAAAAAAUUGCAUAAAAAAGCUGGAAGAUUAUCUGAAGCAUUUCAAGAUAGUGUACUGUCGCUGGCGAGACAAUGCAGUCAUUCAGCUGGUACUAUCGAAUGGACUGUUGGUUCACAUUUGCAUCAACAUUUUUACGGGCGACAUAACUCGAAUGGCCUUCGAUAAGUUCUUCGUGGGCAAAUUGAUUUCAGACCAGAUCACCGAUGUCGUCCUCACUCGGAUGCAUGCCAUCAUUGCAUACGCACAAAAUCAACUGACGUUCGUGUAUCUGCAAAAGCCCAGUAUGAAACGUUCGGCGCCGGAAAAGAUCAGUCGCAUGGAUCCGAAAAUAUUCAAUGUGAUCAUCAACGGGCCAACGCGUACGAUUCCCAGACAUUUGGCGUGCAAUUACAGUUUUGAUUUGCUGGUGGUCUGGACGAAAUCGUCACAAAACGAGGUCUAUCCCUGGCGACCAACUGUUCGCGAUCAGGAUCGCGCCAAUGUUCACGUCUACAAGAUCAGCCGAACGAAACUCGAAUCCCUUUGCUAUUACUGGACAGAAAAUGACCCAAUUCACGUGGAAUUUCGAACCAGUCAAAAUCAAUUGCAUUCCGUGGAACAGAAAAUUUCACGAAAGGGUGAGGUAACGAUCGAGAUAUGCAUGUACGAGAUAAGUAAAUCGAAAUUACAACGAACGGCCGUUACAUCUAUCCCCUUACAAACGCAAGUGUGUUGCCAGUCAUUAAGUCCGGACAAUGAGAAACUAAUGCUUGGUUGCAUCGAUGGAUCUGUGGUGAUUUUCGAUGAAGGUCGUGGCAUCACACACCUUGUAAAGGCAGCAUUUAUACCAACGAUGAUAUCAUGGCACUGUGACUCUGCACUGAUUGUGAUUGCGAACGACAGGUGUCAGUUUCAAUGCUUCGAUGUGUCACUGGCUUGUGUGAAAAAUCAGCUGAUUAGCGAAGACAUGACUCCGUCCAAUUUACUGGAUCUGUCCAGUUACUUCACUAAUCAACCGACAUUGGUAAAUAUCUGCUGGAGCAAGAAACCUGACCUAGCUUUACACAACGAUGGCUACACUCAAUCGGACUGUUUUCUGUUGCUAUGUUUCGAAAAUGGUCCGAUGGCCUGUCUACGAUUUUUUGGUGGAAAUGGUCUGAAAGGAGACGUUCACACGUCGGGCCUAACUGCAGAUGUUCUAAUCCAACAAUAUCUGAAUUUGAAUCACAUCGAAAAGGCAAUCAAUUUGUUGUUAUGCCUGAAUUGGGAUACGUACGGGGCGAUGUGCUUAAUCUCCAUGCACAAAAUAGCCAAUUACAUAUUUCAACGGCCGCUGACGCCGGAACGUGAAGUGCAAUUACAAAAGACGCUAGGAAGUUUCCAUGUACCUGUUAAGCCGCUCUGCGAGGAAACCGAAGCACAAUUCGGUGAUCAAGUGCGGGAUAUAACGAGAAAAUUUUUCCAAUAUUUGCUGCGGUUCAAGUCGUACGAGAAAGCAUUCAGUUUGGCUAUUGACAUCAACGACGAAGACUUAUUUAUGGAUCUGUACAAUUGCGCGAAAAUCAAUGGCAACAAGGAACUGGCUAGUGAUGCUUUCCGUAAAGCUGAAGAAAUACUAACGAGACCUGAAAGUGCUAACAGCUUGCAUUCGAUAUGCUCGCAUUCAUCGUGUUCGGAGUGUGUUGAAUCGUCAGUCUGUGAUUCGGAGGAUACGUCGAAAACACCGGAAGCAAACGAAAAUAUUUUAAACAACAAUUUGUCGACAUCAUCAUCGUCACCAUCGUCACCGCGGAUCAAUGCAACAAAUCACGUUCAAGUGAAAGAACAUCCACCGCUGCCAACAGUGUAUGCACAGCAAAAGCAAAACACAUCCGCCAAGCCAUAUGUACCUCCUCUGCCGUAUUUGUCGCAUUCCACACGACCGACUGAUGUACGAAUUCCGAAACCUGAACUGAAAGUGUCGUCAUUUUCCAAAAAUCAGCACAAGAAUCCGAACUCACGCAGCCGAUAUCAACCGUCAACGCAUCUAAUCGCCUCCGACAAUAUACUUUUGGUGGAUCCGCCGUUGCCAUUACUGAAGAAAACGUCCAGUCAAGACAAUCUCGUGCACAGUUAUGCACGAAGUCCAGAUAGAAAUCCCAUUUAUCACAACAGCUUCUCAACGGAUGGACUCAAUAAUGUUGGAAACUAUGACGACGCCAGGCGCUUCACUUCCAAUGCAGUCAAAUCCACAAAAAUGCCAAAAUCUUUGCCGCGCAACGUAGCAUCCAACCACAAAUCUGUGGUCAUCGAUGUAGUACCUAAACCAAGCACCUCGAAUUUAGCCAACAAUUCCGACUGGAAAGUGCCUGCACAGACCGUUGGAAUUCCAUUGACCUUUUCACACAACAACAACAUUCCAUAUGCCAGUCCAUUCCAACACCGGCCGAUGCCAUACAUGCUACAAUCAAACGUUCCAUUGCCACAGCAUCGACUCAUCAAAUCGGAGAGCAUGUACAAUAUGACAACACCAAUGGCACCGAUUAUCCAUCAUCAGCAUCCAUUGAUAUCAGGCAACAUACCAUCCAUUGCGUCCAUUAUGCCAGACUCAUACAAAAAGCUAUCGUCGAAUUCGGGCGCUAAGAAGGUCAGUGCCACCAGUUCCAUAUUGUCGGGACAGGGACAACAGUCGGCUAUGAAUGCAAAGAAAGAUAUGAGCGAAAAGAAUAAAGUGAAAUUUUCCGAUACUGUUACGGUAGCCGUGGUACCGGAAAUUUCACGCAAAGAUAAAUUGCAAAGUGAUCGAACGAAGAGACCGAAUGGAUUCCAUAAAUUAAUGACUGACCCGCAGCGAGAACUGGCCGACAGUUUGCCGCUAUGCCAUCCGAAUGAUGAGUACUUGAAGGAUUUUAUGCCGAUGUCGGAUGACAAAAAAGAUGAUGACGAAACUAACCGAUCCGGCGGUGGUAGUACAAUCAAAGUUGUACAUUUUGGAGUCGUGUGAGACACGCAAAAUUUUUUAUUUUUUUAAUGAGAGAAAGAAAACGAGUCCGUCCAAGUACUUUAUAUACAAUACAUAGCUUUAAAAUGUAAUUUUCCGUCCCAAGUGCAACUUAAAAUAAAAGAAAAUUUAUUUUUCCAA